UCUAUCCCCGUCCAUACUCAAGUAUUUACUCUCCUAACAUGGCCGAUGCGCUUGUUUCUGGAAUCUUAGAACAACUAACAUCAAUCGGCCUUCAAGUAGCUGAAAACGGGGUGAGACUUGUUGUUGGUGUAAACGAAGAAGUCAAGAAUCUCAGCAGCACUUUUCGGACCAGCCGAGCUGUCCUUGUAGAUGCAGAGAAAAGACAAGUGAAGGAGGAAGCUGUUAAAGUUUGGCUUGAUAAGCUUCGAAACGUAUCUUACGACAUUGAAGACGUGUUGGAUGAGUGGAACACUGCAAUUCUCAGAUCGCAAAUCCCUCCUUCAACUCCUCAGAGUCAGGUACCCUCUUGGACUCAGCCCUUAAGCAUUUCUAUUCCACGACUUGUUCGACGUCGUGAUAUUGGUGUCAAGAUCAAAGAGCUAAAUGAGAGGCUUCAAGCCAUUGCCAAAGAGAAAAAUGAUUACGCUUUCAUAGUUAAUCUAAAUAGGAAUAACGAUCUAGGACCUGAACGACCAAAAACCACAUACUUUAUUGAUGAAUCUGAAAUCUGUGGUCGAGACCAAGAUAGAAACACCAUUAUGAACAUGUUGCUAGGUGAAAAUAGCCAUGAAGAAAGGGGAAUCCCUAUAAUCUCUAUUGUGGGGAUGGGAGGCAUAGGGAAAACAACGUUAGCCCAAAUAGCUUACAACCAUCAUGAGCUGGACGCCUAUUUUCAAAAGAAAAUAUGGGUGUGUGUUUCAGAUCCUUUUGAUGAGAUGAGGAUUGCAAAAGCAAUUCUUGAAACUCUAACGGGUGUUGCCUCGAGUUUUAGUGAGUUGAGUACUGUACUAGAGAAAAUCCACGAAUCUGUUGUGGGAAAAAGGUACCUUCUUGUCCUAGAUGAUGUGUGGACUGAGGAUGAGAGGAAGUGGCAGUCGUUGAAAUACUGUCUCAACAGUGGUUCCCAGGGAAGCAAAAUCUUGGUCACCACACGUAAGGAGAAUGUUGCUACUGUCAUGGGUUGCACCAAAUUAUUCCAGUUGGGGAGGUUAUCCAAAGAAGAGUGUUGGUCUUUAUUUAGACACAUAGCAUUUUUUGGAAGGAAUGACAGAGAGCGUGAGAGUUUGGAAGAUAUUGGUAAGAAAAUUGCAGAUAAGUGUCAAGGCUUGCCACUUGCAGCAAAAACUCUAGGAGGUCUCUUACGUUUCAAAAGAUCUAGAGAACAAUGGCAAAGAAUCUUGGAUAGUCGUAUGUGGGAGCUUGAUGAGGCUGAAAAAGGUCUUUUUUCUCCAUUGCUAUUAAGCUAUUAUGAUUUGCCAUCGCCAUUAAGGCAAUGCUUCUCAUACUGUGCCAUUUUUCCAAAAGAUCAUAAGAUAGAGAAGGAUUUGUUGAUCAAGUUAUGGAUGGCUCAAGGUUUUCUUGGAGAAACGCAAGGAACUAAGAUGGAGAUUGUUGGUGAAGAGUACUUUGAUAACUUAGCAAUGCGUUCUUUCUUUCAAGAGUUUGAACAAGAUGCAGAUGAUGAUAGCAUAAUUCGAUGCAAAAUGCAUGAUAUAGUGCAUGAAUUUGCUCAACUUUUGAGAAAAGCUGAAUGUUUUGUAGUAGCAAGCAAUGGUAUUGAAGAGCAAAGAGCUGACUGUUAUCAUGAAAAUGCUCGUCAUUUAACAUUAAUUCUUGAUGAUGAACAUGUUGCAAUUCCAAAUCCGAUUUAUAAUCUUAAGAAGUUACGUACCCUUCUAGUUCACUCAAGUCUUUAUGAUGCAUCAACUUUAAAUGCAUCUUUGCCGAGUUUAUUUGAUCAAUUGACUUGUCUAAGGAUGCUAGACUUGAGUAAUAAUAGAUUUCGGCAGCAAUGUGCGAUUGAAGAACUUCCACGAAAAAUAGGAAAAUUGAUACAUCUGAGAUAUUUUAAUUUGGAGGGAAAUAAAGGAUUGAAACAAUUGCCUGAGACACUGUGUCACUUAUGUAACUUACAAACUUUAAACAUCAGGUUGUGCUCAAGUCUUAUAGAAUUGCCUAUUGGAUUUGAAAGGCUAGUCAACUUGAGACAUCUUCAAAACGCAGGAACAUAUGGAUGCAACUCCAUGCCACCUGGAAUGCAAAGAUUAACAUGUCUACAGACAUUAGAAGAGUUUGUUGUGUCUAGCUUUCGUGGUUGGAGUAUCAAGGGUAGAAGCAACAUUAGUGAUUUGGGAAGCUUGGCUCAUCUUCGAGGGAAUCUUAAGAUAAUAGGAUUGGGAAAUGUGAGAACAGAGAAUGAGGCAGAGGACGCUGGACUUCGUAAUAAGACUGGCCUCCGUAAUUUGACCCUAUCGUUUAAUUCCAAUUCCAAAACUACGAGAAUAACGGAUGAAGCAUCAAUAACGGAUGAAGCAUCUGUUCUUGAAGCCUUACAACCGCCUCCGUAUUUGGAAUCUUUGAACAUAAAUCGCAUGAAUGGUCCAACCGUAUUCCCCAGCUGGAUGGCAUCAUUGUCUAUGCUUAAGAGGGUUAUACUAUGGGCUUGUUUCAAUUGGAAAACUUUGCCUCCCAUGGGAAAGUUACCAUUCCUUGAACAUCUGGAGAUGUGGGAAAUGAAGAAAGUGAAAAAAGUGGGAGAAGAAUUUAUGGGAGUAGAAAGAGAAGAGGGACAAACAUCUUCUUCUUCUUCAUCUAGUAACAACAAUAAUAUUGCCUUCCCUAAUUUGAAGCAUCUCAAGUUUCAAUUUAUGGAAGAGUGGGAAGAGUGGGAAUUUGGGAACCCAUCCGCAAGCAUAGCACAUGAUGGCUCUUCCUCUAUUACAAUCAUGCCAUGUCUUCAUUCCUUGAAUAUCAUUAGUUGCCUGAAGUUGAAGUCGCUGCCACGCCAUCUUCUCCAGAAAACGACUCUGCAAUCAUUGGAAAUCUUUGAUUGCCCUAUUCUGAGGGAACGUUGUUUAAGAAAUGGGACAGGGGAGGACUGGCCCUAUAUCUCUCACAUCCCUACCAUCACAAUUAACGGUGAAGACGUGCAAAGAUACGCGCAUUGAAUUCUUGUCGGCUUCAAAGCAUUGGCUUAUUUUCUUGGAAAUCUUUUUUGGUAAAGUACAUCAAGGUCAGCCCUGCUAAGCCCUCUGAGGUUGCAAAAAGUUUAUGGGAGGAGCAACGACAAGAAGUUAGAAACCCAAAUAAUCAGCCAUGAAAUUCCAUCCAAAGGAAGCCAUAAUCAUACUCGAACACCUUUUCUUUAGCCAUUGUUGGCGCAUCUGGUGAUGCAUGGUGUUUAAUAUAUAGGAAGGAAAAGCCUGACUUACAUAUAGAUGUGCCUGCUAGAAGUAAGAAGAGGUAUAUAAAGAGUUAGAGAACUCCAUUCAUGCAUCAGAAGAUCUACGCUUUCAGAUACCUUAAGUUAAUGCAUAGAAUGUAACAUGCAAAGUAGAUUAAUCAAUUUGGGUUCUAAGCAUUUGAGCAUUGGAGCCAGGUUUUCUAACUAUUUGCCCUAGGGAGCUUAUGCAUGGGAUUUUGGUUUAUCUUCCUCUGUGACAAAGUGUUUCAUGGUGAGGAAAACUCAGAUAUGUGGUUCAUCACUGCCAAGAAAGAAGAAUAUUGUAGCAUGUUGUGUAUUCUCUUUCCAGAAACUGUGCUUGAGAGGAAAUGCAGAAAGCAUAAGCUGAAGAGGAGAUAUCUCAUCAUGUCAUCCUUCACAGGGUCCACCCGUAUGAACUUAUUCUCAAUCACCAGUUUUCUGUCCUUUCUUAAGUCCAUUUACCAACAAAAGACUAGACAUGUACACAUGCUUUAGAAUUUUCUCAUUUUUUACAAAUUUCUUUCUUAUGGCUCUGCUGUUGACCAAUGGGUUGUCCAUAAUACAAGCACAAAAUCCAAGAUAGAUAUGCUACAAGCACUGGCCGUAGAAGUGUGUUGAUUGAUGAAACAGGGAUUGCCCAAUAAAAUUUUAUAUCAGAAGUCACUGCACCUAGCCUGCAAGAGAUCUUGGUGCUCUUACAAUGGAGAGAACAAUCAUAGUGAUGGACUGAUGACUUAAGGUACUGAUAGUUGCAAGUUGCAAGUUGCUGUAUUCAGUACCACUUGAGAUUCAAUUGGAAAUGAGCAUGACCUUUGAAUUUGAGGAUUUUCGAAAGAAGUGCCAUGCAACUCAGGCAGCAGAUUGAGCAGAUAAUCACUAGCAAGCUGCUGUCCAGAGGUGCAAUGCAUGAUUUCCUGAGAAACCCUUUUUCCCCUGGACCGGGGGAUAUGAUUGGCACCUGUAGAAUGAAAGACAUUGAAGCACCAUUUGGCGUUAAGCAUUUUGAGUUUCACCGAGAAGUAAUGGCUGAGUACUUCCUUGCUUGGAAUGCGGGAUGCUUCCUUUCUUGGGGCUGCAUAUGCAUUUCAUUCAUCAUUAUGUGUCUUCCUGAGGCGAAGUCGAGAGUUCCUAUGCUAGAGAGCAAAUAUGAUAAAAUUUUGGGAGCUUCUUGACCAUCUCCACUCUGUGAGGAUGUGGCUUUUUAUGCUUCAGUCAAAAACCAUGGCAUCACCUUGCAUAAAUUGGAAGGUCUUGAAGUACUACAAAGUUUUUUUUUUUUCUUUUCUUUCUUUGGUUUUAACUUUUGGGAAGAAAAUUGUUGCACAAAGGAAGCUAUAACAUAUUGUUGUCAUCACAUUUGAAUAUAUUUGUUAUUGAAUGAGUUUAGAAUUUGUUUCUGGAAAGUUACAGGAUUAAAAGUCUUAACGAUUUCUUUAUGCAAAUCCAAGAUCAUGUACUUGAGGAUUGUGCCA